UGGGGCGGAGUAAAGCGCGAUACCGCCCUUUGGUGUUCCCGCAGCAAAGCUCCGGCAGCGGGGCGGCCGGAAUAGUUCCGUUGCAACGGGGGCUUCUCGGCUCUGCCCGACGGAUGCCGCCGCCUCCUCCUGGCUGUAUCUUUUGCAGAGAUUGGAUUGGCUGACUGAGUGCACCUGAAAAGCUCUACAUAUUUGCAUGCACUCACCUGUACCUACCACCUGCAAACUCAUCCCGAGGACUGACUGCAACAUCAUCCAACUAAGCUGCUGCAGCUUCUUGGCCUUUGAGAUUGUUUCCCUGAUGUGAACAUUGGCAGUGGCAUUUCUCCAGGGUGAUGUCAGGAAGUGUACGCCCUCAUAUAUCCCGGGUGAGGAUUCUGUACAGAAGGAUCCUGCAGUUGCACCGAGCAUUACCCCUGGAGUUGAAAGCCCUAGGAGACCAGUAUGUGAAAGAUGAAUUUCGGAGGCACAAGACGGUUGGUCCUGAAGAGGCCCAGUAUUUCCUGCAGGAGUGGGAGAACUAUGCAGAAACAUUGUAUCAGCAAGUGAGUCAAAAUACACAGACCUCAACCAGUCAGCCGUCCUUUGGAUCCCACCUCCCAGAGGACAAACUGAAUGCUCUUCGAGAUGAGCAAGUCGGACAGCUGCGAGAACUAAUGGACGAAGCAACAAAACCCAAGAGGCAGUUUAAUAUAUUGGAUGAUGGAGAAUAUAAAACCUAAAAUAUUUCUUUGAAUGUGACAUUGAGCAAUUUUUAUGGUGCUUCUUUUUUGCUCUGCUUUGGAAGACGGAUUAGUUCUGGAAAAUAAAUGACACCGAUGCACAUUC